ACAAUGAGAAAUAUUGAAUGGAAAAUAUGGCUGAUACUACCGGCGAUCUCCUGUGCUUACGUACUCGGACAAGACAUGGUGAACGUGAGAGGGUGUCCUUCAAGCAUCAAUGUCGGGACAGAUAAGGGCAAGAACCUGGCCAGUGUGGAAUGGCCGGAGCCGGAGUUCAUAGAUACCGAAGAACAGCGGGUCAUACCGCUCAGAUCCCAUGCACCCGGGGACAGGUUCUUUGUUGGUAAAACAAUAGUGCGGUACACAGCAUACUACAUGGGCACAAAGGCUUCGUGUACUUUCAAUAUCGUGGUACAAGACAAUGAGGUUCCACACUUUGUAACAUGCCCCACAAGCGUGGUCACCACAACUGACCCAGGAGAGGCGUUUGCUUCCGGGGUCACAUGGAAGAGGCCCUCUGCAACAGACAACAUCCGAUUGGUCGAAUUCCGCUCGAAUCCACCAAUAGGAUCACGGUUCUUAAUGGGCGUGACCAAGGUGACGUACUGGGCUAUCGAUCCAAGCGGUAACAGAGGAGAGUGCAGAUUCAACGUUAUCGUCGAAGACAGGGAAAAUCCAACCCUCCAUCAGUGCCCAUCUAACAUGGUUGUCAAUGCCAACCCGAAGGAGACACUUCGGAGCAUCAGCUGGACCGAACCUGUGGCUCGGGACAACGCGGACGUCGCUCGGGUAACUUCGACACACCGGAACGGGUCGUUGUUCCCACUCGGCACUACACAUGUCCGAUAUACAGCCGAAGAUUACUCGGGAAACACCGGCACGUGUUCGUUUUUCGUCACACUGAGGGUAAGAGUGCCGGACGCGCAGAUCUUCAUCCGUUACUACACCACCACAUCUAUCCACAUAGCCUGGCCCGAGACGACGGACCAACAGGCAUCAAGUUACCUCAUCUACGUCUGGCCGUCAGAGGGAAGGGAGCCCUCUGCGUCGGACCAUCUGUACCAUGGUAUCAACAGGGCAGAGAGCUUCGCUUCAAGGCGUCUGGGUCCGUUGAUGGUAGGGAAGGACUACGACAUCAAAGUGGUGGUGACGGGAGCCAAUCAUGUGAUGACGACCAGACAGAGAACCAGGCCUGCCCCUCCCCACAAUGUCUCCAUCAUACCAGGUACCAUCACACCUGUCGCCUUCACUUUGCUGUGGAAAUCGGGUAACGGUUCAUUCGAGAGCCAUGAAAUCACGGUUCGCCGGUUAUCUGAUAGGAGCGUUGUCUUCACGAAAUCUGUUGAGAAGAGUGUGAACUCACUUCACGUAACCGGUCUGGAACCGUACACCAGAUACAUGAUUUCGAUUCGGACCGUCAGCGGUUAUUCGACUGACGUAACAGAGAGCGAGGAAAUAUACAUUAUGGCUAAAACAGCACUAAUGCCACCAUCCGGGAUACUUGUUCGUGAGAUGACCGCAGACACGAUUGCCAUAAUGGGAAAUACAUACCCAUAUGCUGACGGCGACGACGAUGAAGACGAAAUCGAUGACGAUAGCCUCUUCGACCCCCAACAGAUGACGUCACAAAGCCAUGAUGCACACAUUCUGUUCAUCUACUCCGAGAAGGGAGAUUUGUUUACGGAUGUGGUCUUCAAUCAAGGCGUUUGGAGUUAUACCUUUCGUGAUCUGAAUCCGGUGACGAGUUAUACCAUCAGGGUCGUCAAUAAUCAAAAUGGCGUGGCAUUCGAGACAAAUUCAACUACAAAACCAGCACCGGUCACCGAUCUUUUCCUAUCUGCCAUCGAUCAUUCCUCUGCAACUGUCCAAUGGGCGCACGCCAUUGGAUCACGUGACCGAUAUGAAAUCAUCCUCACUCCAGCACCAAAACACAAGCAUCGGAUCAUGCCGAUUAGAACAAGAAAUGACAUCAUUACUUUCAAGGGUCUUGAAGCCGGAACCACAUACGACAUGCGCAUUACUACUAGGAAAGGAAUUUUGACGAGUGAUGACAGACAUUUGAAAAUAACACCAGGGAAAGACCAAGCAUUGUCCAUGUUCAGAGCCAGAGAGAGCACAUGUCUAUCACCAAUCAUCGCGUGUGGUUUACUAGGUGCUGCGCUGCUUCUCUGUGUGGUUUACUUAAUCGCAGUCUUCAUCUUCAAUAGAAAAUUUCCAGCGAAACUCCGCUCUCGUCGGCCGUCGGAGAACGAGUAUGAGAACCCCUCGCAUCAUCAGUACUCCUCCUACCUGAACUCCCUCACAAACCGCAUAGCAUUGAUGAGACGGCCUGAGAGCAACAACUACAACCUACCUCACCAUCACCAUGUUAGAACUAGUAGGGCGUUUAGUAGGUUACCAAGGAGACAAAGCCCGCAUCACACCCUACAAAGGACGCAGAGUGAAUCGGUGAUUUAUUACAACCUAUCAGACUGA